AUGGCCCGAUUCGAAGGAUCAAACCCCAGCAUAGCUAGCGAUUCAAACGAAGCCGACGGAUACUCAACACUGUUGGCAAGAUCAACAAUAGUACCUCUGGAAAAUCAAAAUGCGGCUCUCGAUAAAUCUUCGCAUACUGAAAAGGAAAUGAGGUUAUAUGGUCAUGUUCAUUUUUCAGAGUACUCAUUUCUCCAGCUUUCUUCAUCCGCUGGCUUGGGGACUGAGGAUAUGAACUAUCUGGCAACCAAAGGGUGCUUGCAGGUCCCUGCACAGCCAGCACUAGAUGACCUAGUGCGCAUGUACUUUAUGCAUGUGCAUCCAUAUUCCCCGAUAUUGGACGAAGCAAGCUUCUGGAGAUCAUAUCGCCGAGGCCCCUCAAGCGAUGAAAGGCCUAUGUCGCUCUUUGUAUUUCAGGCACUACUAUUUGUGUGCUGUACAUUGCUACUGGACCUGGGUGGCGAAUAUCAGGAGUUGGACAAGGCCAGAGGAGCCCUGCUACUUUCAUAUCAAGCUUCAUCCGAUAAUCCUCAGAUUGGAAGCCUCAUGCUAGGAGCUGCUAUACAAAACUGCACGAUCGCCGAUAAAACAGCCUCCACGUCACACGUGGCCAUGAAAAACCCACUUAUUAAGCGUGUAUGGUGGUCAAUUGUCCUGCGAGACGGAUUUAUCUCGCUUGCAUUCCGACGCAAUACCCAGAUAAACUGGUCGGAUCUUAAUCUGAAAGCAAGAUUUUUGGAUGAGAGCGAUCUUGAAGACGAAAUAGAAAAUUCGGAAGUCUAUGACGGAACGGUAAAACGAUUCCUUAUCAAGAUGUUUGAGAGACAAUGCCAGUUGGCUGUUAUAGUGAUUGAGAUGAUGUCUGCAUUCUUUCCACAACAGGACCGUUGCAGCUAUGAGUCUAUUGAUGACAUCACGAGGGCUAUGAAAGAAAUAGAGGAUGUCAAAGAUGCCUUGUCUUUCUGGGAACGAACAAGUUACGAAGUCCUAUCCCCAAGACAACACGCGUGGCCAUAUGCAGUCACAAAUUUCACCAAUAUGACUCGUGCAUACUACUUGUCAGUAUUUACCUUAACGUCCUUCGAAUUCAGUUAUUUCGCUAACAACAUGAGCUUUAGCACUGCCGAGAUCCACUUGAUACACUGCGAAGCAUUUAUCCUGGAAUCAAAUAGGUCAAUUGCCACAGAUGACGUUAUAAUGCGGAUGAGAGACUCGGCGCGGAAUCUCAAGGUCGCAGUUACUGAAGUACAUCGAGUUUUGGCGUACAUGAGUGAUAGCCGGAACAAGGAAACUAUCCCAUUAAGCAUGCUCGCUCUUAUGGCAUGGCCUCUGACUAUGGCUGCCAUUGAUGUGAACCUAGCACAGACAACCGAAGAUAAUAUAAGACGGACGCAGCAGAUGACUUGUCUCGGUGAAAUCUACCAGUAUUUGACCGGUGUUGCUGAUGUCACAAGUUUUGUCACUGCAGGGGCGAAGCAGAUCUUACUUCUUGCAAAUAUGGCUGUGCAGCAACUCUUGAUUCGAGGUAAAAUGGCAAGACCGCCAUCAGCGUUGACCAACAGGAUUCGUGACGGCAGCCCCCUUGAGUGGGAGAGAAGCCUUGAAGGUGAUCAGAAGAAUGAUCUGCGUGAUUGGGUGGACAUUUUCAAUCAGUAUCCCGAAGUCUACCUAUUGAUAUCCAAAUCCACUGACUAUGCCUUGUCUUGUGGUCGCUUACCGGAUCAAGAUAAGUUACCCGAAUGCCUUCGAUCCGCAAAUUCUUUCGGUGCUAUGGAUCUUAGACUACCAUGGCUAAAUGGUCUCACUAUUGACGAGGGAAUAAGAAACCGACAGCCAAUAUCACGCAAUGAAUUGAGCACAGAGCAACUUCAAUCAUUUCAGAACGCUCUAUCUGAGAAAUCUCUACCUAUCCCUUUCAAAGGCGUACUAAAUUUCCGAUCAAGUGUAAUGGGAGACGAGGGGUUUCAAUCAGGCGAUAGCCCAAGGGAGCUACACGGCUUAUUGAACACUAUUGAAGAAUGUCUACCGAGUGAUUUUCUGGCACCAACAGUGCCCGAAAGCAAGUAUUUUGAAUCCAUCGACAAUCCGAGUCAUUCCACCCAAUCGCAAAAGAACAGCCUUAGCCCCAGGGAAGCCAAUUCUUCAGAAGUAUUUCAAACGUCACUUUUGGAUCCGGAUUAUUGGGGCGGAUUUGGACAAUUAGACCUCCGUGGCGCAUAUCUUGAACCUGAAUUAUGGUCUAGUUUUUGA